CGACUGUAACAUCCUCCAUAAUGAUCUUUCUGGGCGAUUCGUAUUUACCAGUUCCAGUCAAUUCAAGCCAAUUAGGUCGGAGCAACAUGACGAGUUCGGUUUGAUAAGAUAAUUGGUUAACAUGAACAAGGAACAGCGCUUAUUAAACUUAGGUCAGUGUUACCAUAGCAACACAAUAGUUCAUUUUCGUGAAAGAAUCGAUUUUAAAAGCAUUCAAGUUGUCUCCGUAACAUCAACUUGCAUUGAUAUUAACACACAUUAGGAAAUCAAAUACUGUACGUGUUUCUUUCUAAAAAUGUUAGCAAAUGUAUUAACAAUGGAUUCAAAAGACAUUUAAUUUAAAGUGUUACAAUACUAACCAAAUCCAUAUCAGUUUAUGCGUCCUGGUAUUAUUCAAACGCGCGAGGAUGUUUGGGCCCCACCGCGCACCGUAGUCUUGCUUUCACUUUCACGUGCUGUCUCUAAGGUAACGACUAACAUCACAGCUGACGUGAAUUGUAAGAGAUCUACGGCCUCUGUUUUAAAACGGUCAACGAUAAGGACAGUGUAUAAACUUAUUUAAAAUAAUUUCAUACGUCCGCUGUGUAAAAACCAUUAAUUGUCGGAGUGUAACGUUACGUAAGAAAUGAUCCGUUAAACACUGUGAUGACACACCAGAAGAAAGUCUCUGAUCGUAAAGAAAAGGUCGUGAAUAACAUCGCCUCAGUGCAACUGCGUUCUGCACCAGACACGAUUUAUAUGAGCAGAAGAGGUUUGAUGGAAAUAUCGGAGUUUGUUUUGAACACGACACAUGUAAAGAGUUUAUAUCUGGAAGGUAAUGAAUUCACUCGUCUUCCUGAGCACUUCUUCAGCUCUCUGCCAUCUUUAGUGUGGUUGGAUUUGAGACAUAACGAACUCACAAAUCUCCCUGCAGGUGUUGGCCAUCAUAGAUGCUUGAAAACGUUACUUUUGGAGGGCAACCCAAUAACUGAACUACCGCCAGAACUGGGUAAUGUAAUCACACUGAAAGCCCUGAGUCUGAGGAACUGCCCUCUCACGUUUCCACCUCACCAUAUCGUGAAUCAGGGGCUGGCAAAGAUUCUCCACUAUCUGCGCAGCACCACGGCUGAACUAGAUGUUCCUGCGGUGGAGAAGCUGCAGUUGUCUGAUCUGAGUGGCUUCAGUCUGGAUCUGUGUGAAGAAGCAGUGGAUGACGCAGACAUCCGCCACUUUCAGGAGCUUCGGCACAGGAUGGUCCAGAUGGAGAGGGCUGAUUUAGAACAGCCUGGAACAUCAGAGGGCGACAGAGGAGCUGGACCGCUCGUCCUCACCACCAUCAGGACUAAAGCCGUCACGAGAGGCAUUUGCUCAGAAACCCAGAGCUGGAGCAGAACAGAUGAGAUCAGACUGGCAGCCAUGAGAGAACUGAAGGAGAAACAGUGGCUUCUUGAGGAAAGAAAGAGAGCCCAUGAGCAGCUGUGGAGUCACAGAAACCAAAGCCACAGAGUCCCAGAGCAGCACACCAGAAGAACCACAGAGGAUCGAUCCUCUGCUCAUCUCACCCGAGACAUCACAGUUAUUCCUGGAUUCCAGUGAAACGGGUGGACAGGUACAAGCACAUGUCCAGAUACCUUCAGUGUAAUACUGACAUCUUGUGGUGGAUUGUGAAAGUUGAAGAAAGACGAGAGACUUGUGAGGAUAGGAUCACAGGUUAGAACACACAAACGAAGAAUAAAGAAACUUUGAAAGUGCCUUCAAAGUCACCCUGGAUAAAAACACGUGAACUUUUCUACUUUGUUCUUGAUUGAUUACAAUCAUUACUGUAAUCUUCUUGAAUGUUAUUGUUUUAAAAGUUCCUGUUACAUUCAUGCUUAGUAAAACCUUGUGAUGACAAUAAAUGCUUUUUGAAAUCUAACCAUCGAGAAA